GGAGGAGGGUGAACUAACGACGAGCGGAUACAGUGGAAUCACAACAGAAAUGGACGGGAUCAGCGAUGUUGCAGUUGGAGUGAAGAGAAAAGCUGAUGAGCUGAGUAUGCACAACAACCCUGACAUGAGCAGUUUGAGUGAUGGGGCUUCCAAUGGCAGUGACAAUAAGAAGAUGAAGGUGGAUGAGGCUCCACCAUCGCGUGUGCUUCACAUACGAAAACUGCCCAGUGAAGUCUCAGAUGCAGAUGUCAUCGCUCUUGGAUUACCAUUUGGAAAAGUCACUAACAUCCUUAUCCUGAAGGGAAAGAACCAGGCUUUCUUAGAGAUGGGCACAGAGGAUGCAGCCAUCACCAUGGUGAAGUACUACACCACCGUUCCUCCACUUAUCCGCAGUGUACCUAUCUACAUCCAGUUCUCCACUCACAAAGAGUUGAAAACUGAUGCAAGCAGCCAGAGGACUCAGGCGGUGCUGCAGGCGGUGUCAGCGGUCCAGUCGUCCAGCUCCGAUGUACCGGAGGUUCUAAAUGUAGCUCCAAGUCCUGUGCUGCGGAUCAUCAUCGACAACCUGUUCUACCCCGUAACGCUUGAUGUGCUGCAGCAGAUUUUCUCCAAGUUUGGCACAGUCCUGAAGAUCAUCACAUUCACCAAGAACAAUCAGUUUCAGGCUCUUCUACAGUACAGUGAUCCUGCCCAUGCACAACAUGCUAAACUGGCACUGGAUGGUCAAAAUAUCUACAAUUCAUGCUGCACAUUGCGUAUCGACUUUUCUAAGCUGGUCAACCUUAACGUUAAGUACAACAAUGAUAAAAGUCGUGACUACACACGACCCGAUCUGCCAGCUGGUGAUGGGCAGCCCAGCCUGGAUCCCAUGGUGGCUGCAGCCCUCGGCAAAGACACGUCCCUCCUCGUUUAUCUCUAG